AUGCGGAACGUGGACUCCGCUGACAUCAAGAUAGUGCAGGCGCGUGAAGAAGAUCUUACUGACGAGUACAAACAAGAAAGAGAUGCUUUAGUAAACAAGGUUCACAAAGGACUGAAACCAAAAGGCAAAAAUGGUUUUCCUAUUACCGGUCCGGAAUUCGCGUCGUUGCUGGAGAUUUUGGUUGAGGCCGCUAACGAGGGAUCGCUAGCUCAGAUCCCCAGCAGGUGGAAUAUCUUCAUAGAAAAGCUCGAGAAGACAGCUAAAGAAGAUUGCUUGUCAUUUUAUGAAGGAGAAAUGGCUUUACUGCACAAGAMGUAUGACAAUGGUCCCAUUCCUCAUCAUGAAUUACAGGACUGGCACCUUGUAGCAUUAAAUAAAUCUACCAAGUUAUUGACGCACUUGUUGUUUGGGCUAGGUCACGUGGUCCAGGAAUCGUUACGUGGUUUGUCAAGGAAGAUUGAUGAGAGCUUUGAGAAAGCCCAUGACAUGAAUACCAAGAAAACCSUGCUGAUGUGUAGUGAUGUCCAACGAACAAUCGAGCUCAAUGCSGAGGAAGAGCUUGCGAAGAUCGUAUUACCUGUCACAUCAUCCAACCUGCAACAAAGCCUCCAAAAUGUACAAAAUAUGUCUCUUUAUGGGUACAGUGCGCGAUUGGCCUAUCUAUCAAACAGCACAGCAUACGAGACGUAUUAUCAAAGGCUUAUCGCCUCUAUCAAAAGCCUUCAGGACUCGGUCACUCUURAGAACAAUCAAGCACUGGAGCAAGUCUUAAAAUAUGCUAUGGACAAAGCAGUUGAGGCAUUUCUUAAGAUGUCAAGGGACAGCUCACCRAGGACUCUCAACGUUCUGCAUAAGACUUUGGACAAUGCCAGGCAGGAAGCUUUCGAGGUGUUUGAAGCAGAGAGUGACAUCGCUGUGCAAGAGACCAUGUUUCUGCCCUAUAAGUCUAUGCUGAAGAGUCAGUUGGAUAAUCACGUGAUAUCAAUAGGCCAGGAAAAUGAGAAUCUUGUUCGACAGCAGGCCACCGCUAAGGUGAGAGAACUGGUACUGGAAUUCAAAGAUAACACUGUUAAAAUAGGACUUCCUCUGAAUGAAACAGACCUGGAAACUAGACUUGUUGCUGAAAAAGAAAGGAUUCAUACAAGCUAUACGAGUUCUCAGGCGGGAUUUGAAGAAUUUGAAUCAAUAAAGACCGUCUUCAAGUCUCUUGAGGAAGCGGUAGAGGAGGUCUGCAAAGAACGUCGUCAUGACAACAUGGUAGCGUACAGUAAAGAAGUAGAGGUACCUCUGUCUACCAGUAAAAAGAUCGUAUUGAUUUCAGCAGACAAUUACGAUACCGAGUUCUCACUGAAACAAUAUAUCCGUCAAGUGUGUCUUCUGAACCUCGACGAAGGUAAACCGAAACACUGGCCGUUGUCUCUUAAGAACACCAUCAUUGACAACUUCAUUGAAACAGACACAGACAUGCGCACUAUUGUCACAUCAAGACGAGGCUUAUGGAAAAAUGUCAAGGGAUUUAUACAAUGGCUGCUUUGGAUUUUUGGGUUAUUUUGAUGACACCGCGUAAAUAAACUACUUUAAGUGCAGGCACAAUACACAAUAAAAAGCGGCUUCGAGAUUUGUUUAUUUAAUUCGGUCAAGUGUAUUKCAGGACACGUAGUUCAGCCAUGUAUUUAUUGCAUCCAAAUGCAAUUAUGCGUCAUAAACCGAUGGAAUUUCAAGUCGUAAUGUUUCAUUGGAGGCUGAAUGUAGUAUUCCUUAUGUAACCGUAAGUUACGGUAAUGAAACAUGCUGUCCAGUAAGAUUCCAGUAGGAUUUUUUUUACUUAUUUCAAAAUGGAAAUGAUAAAGCUGUCUAAGAACAAGAAUUUAAAAGUUCCUUAUUGAUAGUUCUAUAUUUUUGUGUUGUUUAUAAUCCUAUUGAUAUUUAUAUCUUAAURAUAUUUAUAAAUAAAUGUCUCCACUCUUG